UGGGGGUACCUCGGUGGCAGUCAGAGGCAUGGAGGCAUGUGCUGGCCCCUCCUCUUCGCUGAGGCUGCUGAGUUGAAGCGCACCAGUACGAAGUGCGCAGCAGCGACUGCACCGCUGAAACUUGGAUGACAGGGGUUUUUUGAAGCCGUCGAUGAGCGCGUUUGAAGCGGUGCCUUUCUGGUGAAGAUAAGGGGAUCGAGCUCUACCUGUGGUCCCCGCCUUCCGCCAGUCGGAUCAAUAUGAAAGUCCUGAUUUGUGUGAUCGCGUUGACCUUCGCAGCGAGGUCUGCACUCGGAGGUGGCAAGUUUGAUGAGCCAUGUGACGGCUUGGACUGCAGCAGAGGGUGCAGGUGCUUUCCAGAGAAAGGAAGCAGGGGUCGUCCAGGAAGUCUCGGUGAAGUUGGACCGUCUGGACAGGACGGGCCACGUGGGGUCCUUGGGCCUUCUGGGCCAAAAGGAGAGAAGGGCCACCUUGGGCUGAAAGGACCGUCGGGUCCAAAGGGAGACAAAGGACCAAUGGGAGUGCCUGGGUUCCAAGGAAGUGAUGGUGUGCCUGGUCACCCUGGUCAGCCGGGCAGCAGAGGACCACCGGGACUGGACGGCUGUAACGGGACCAGAGGAGAUCCUGGAGAUCCCGGCUUUGGGAGGGGAUACCCUGGCACCAGUGGAUUUCCUGGGCUGAGUGGGCCCAAGGGUCAGAAAGGAGAGCCUGUAUUCAUCUCGGAGAAUGCUGCCAUACAGGGUCCCUCGGGUGACCCAGGACCCCCUGGCCCACCUGGUUUACAAGGUCUUUAUGGUCCAGUCGGUUUUCCUGGUCCCGAAGGACCUGAAGGAUACCCAGUAUGUAAACUCAUUUAUCUGUUUCCUCUUCCUCAGACCGAUCCCUGCAUCUACACCUUCACUUUUCUUUUCUUUUGUUUAAUUAAUUUCUAAUUUGCAGUAUGCUGAAUGCAGUGAUUAUGAAGGAAAAACUGUUCU